AGGAAGAGAAGAGAAACAAGAAAAGAAAGGGAUUGAACAAAUUCUUGGUAAAAGACAGAGGGUGCCGAGAAAACAAGGCCGGUUGAGGUUUCGAUACAUCGAUCGUUAGUGAAACCAUCGUUUUCAGACAACUCACUCGCUUUUCCCUGUUUUUGCGAAAGCUAGCCAGCACACCCCUCUAGGCCUCUAUUCUCAUCUCUCAGAAUAUACUUUGCUCUGCUCCUCCAAAUUCCAAAAUCCCCUUCCCCUUUUGUUUAGUCUCAGAAUUCCCUUCUUCUCACUCCUCUCCCAUAUUACUCUCUAUGCAAUAUGGACCUGGAUAUCAUGCUCUUCCAAGAAUUGGCCUUUACUGUUGGCCUCUCUGUGGUCAUCUAUUUCAUCCUCUGCAAAUUCCAUUCCAACGCUUCUCUUGCAAGGGACAACAAAAACAUGGGUUUCUGCUGCGUAGAUGCGACUGAAAUGGCAGGGAGGCUGGAAGUUGAAGGUUUUGUAGAUGAAGGGAUUGUCGGUGGGGACGAUGAAAGAGUGGAAAAAGUAGCUGAUCAAGGGGAAGUAGAUAAGGAUGAUGAAAUUGUAGACGAAGUAGUCGACGAAAGUCCUGUGAGAAGAAAGCUUCAAGAAAUUGAAGUAGAGGGUCCUCUUGAAGAAGAUUUUCGCGAAAUUCAUAUAGAACAUGGCGAGAUUGAAGGAUCAAAAACGAUGGAGGAGGGUGAUGAAGAAGUUUCAGAGGAAAAGGGCAGUAGGGAUAAGAUGGAAAAUGAAAUAUUAAGAGAGGAGGGAGUAUUUGAUGAUGAGUGGGAAGGGAUUGAGAGAACAGACCUGGAGAAGGCUUUUGGCACUGCAGUGGUGUUUGUGGAUUCAAAGGCCAAUGCUGAUCAACUCGACAAUGGUGUGAAGAUGCAGCUUUAUGGCCUUCACAAGGUUGCUACCGACGGGCCUUGUUGCACAACUCAGCCCAUGGCAUUGAAGCUCUCAGCUCGCGCCAAAUGGAAUGCUUGGCAAAGGCUAGGUGACAUUAGCCGGGAGGAGGCAAUGGAGCAGUAUAUAGCCCUUCUGUCAAGGAGCAUCACUAAUUGGAAGGAUGAAAAAUGACAUGCUAGAGAUUCAUGGCAAAGGCUGUUCCCCCAACUGCAUUCUUAGGAUUGUAAGUGUCAAACAUGUGUGUAUCUUAUCUAAAGUAUAUAUGUUGUGGUACUUCUUUGUAAAUAAGCCAAGUUAUUAUGCAUUCAUUUAUCAUUUAUCAGGUAGAGAUUUAGAGAUAGCAUUGUUGGCUUCUACACUGUUUCAUUUUAUGUUCUUUUCCUAAAAAGGCUUAUUGGCCUUAAAAAUUCUUACAUUUACGUGAAAAAUAUAUCCAAACUUUUAAAA